AUGUCGCCUUCGACUGUUGCCGUAGAGAGCGAGACCGCAGUUCCAGCUCCAUUCAACAAAAUCGGUGGUGCUUCUGUUCAGACUUACUUCCAACGCAUCCGCAAAGCCUGCGGCAAGUGGCCAUGGGAGCUCUUCGACGAGGAACGUUUGUCUCCACAUUGGACUGUAUACUUGCUUCAGAAGUUGCACCAGGCUAUCAAGCUUGCGCAGUCCUCACCUAAGAUUUCGCUCACGCUUGUCAUGAAACAUUUGGAAUCCAUUGUCGAGAAGGGAGGCUGGAUUGGAGAGAAGAAAGAGGCCCUAUCCAAACAGACUCCUUCCAACAAGAAACAAAGAAAGACGACCGAGAAAGAAAGUCGAGCAAACAAUUCCCAGAAGCCUGGUGCCGGUCUUCCGCACACCGGAGACGGAGAUAGCGCCAAGAGUAGUGAUGCUACUCUGGUUCACGAUAAAAUCGUCGUCGCGCCUUCACCAAGUCCGCCCCCUCGACCCAGAGUCUACCAGAACGAUGAUCGCGAUAUUGCAACGCCACCAUUCAUUGACCUGACCAAGUCUCCGUCUCCCGAACCACUCGGUAAUGGGCUUACCGAGAGCCAGCCAACAGGGGAUGCAAGUCGGCGUAAAAAGAGAAAAGCCGCGAGUGAAGUCACAGCUGGUAGCGCCCCUGCGACAAAGCGGCAAAGGAAACCAUCUAAGCCUAUUUGUACGCCCAGUGCUACUCACGGGGCGAGCCACAAAGAUGUGAGAAAAAAGGACACCACAGAUGAUGAGAACACACAAAUCUCAGGAUUGAACAGCAAGACUAUCGCCAUUCGAAACGAGGCCGACCAAAUCAUCGCCCAGCAGAACGAGAAUGAAAAACGACUCAAAUCAUUGAACUCCUCGCGGCAACUGCUUCAGCAAGAACUUAACACCGCACAGAAUGACUUGACUAGAAUCCGACAGGACAUCCAGGACAGCGCUACUAUCCGAGGCUCUAUCCUCCGAAUCAUCCGGCGCCGAACCUCUGAAAAUGUUGAUGGCUGGAAGAUCGCCCUCGAACGCUGCGACAAGUCUUUGAGAAUAUUUAGAGAUGACUCAAAAAAGACUACUGAGCUCUUGAAUAAAAAGAAGCAAGACGUCAAGAAUGUUGAUGAGAUGGUUGGUUUGGCGAAACGAGACACAGAGAAAUGUACUCAACAGGCUAACGCAGCUGGAUGA